AUGUCCGUCGAUCUAGACUGGACGACGUUAUCGCAGCCCUUUGCGGAAGGGCUGUGUGGGCGUCUGAAUACACUGCUAGCGAAGAUGACUUUGCCUUCGUUCCUGGGGCCUGUGCAUGUUGAGCAAAUGGAGUUCGGGACGGAUGUGCCCGACGUGCAAAUUGUGCAUAUUGGCGAGCCAUGGCGCGCAUUCCGUGCGGCGUCCAUGCGAGCGGAUACGACGGCGAGUGAAGAAGCGUCUUUUUCCGCACGCGUACCGAUGCGGCUUCGCACGUUUCGACAGUACGACGACGAGAUGCCGACGUCGGUCGCUGGCAAUUCGGAGCCGGGAUGGGACGAAACGAGUCAUCUGUGGAGCGAUACCGAUUCAGUCGGGACCAUGGAGUCGCAUGCCCUUGGUGACGAGCCCGAGACAGAAAGCAGUGUGCCAAGUUGGCAAAUGCAUAUCAGUGUACAAUGGCCGACCUCGUCGUUCCGUCUAGCUCUCACGACGUCGCUACGAAUCCGACAUAGCGACGAUACGGUCAUGUCACUCCCUGUGAGCCUCAUGAUCACAGGCCUCGAACUGCUAGCGCAAGUCAUUGUCGUUAUUGAUGGCGAGCAGCAGUGUGUGCAUAUCAGCCUCUCGGAGGAAUCCGACGCGCCCUGUGCCGCCGAUGGGCUGCGCGCCGUGCAUGAUGCGCGCAUUCGCUCACGGCACCAGGGCCAGCGGAUCCUGCCGUACUUUGCGCUGGAAAGUCAGGUCGGCGAACCCAGCAAGCAUGUGCUUGAGAACGUCGGCAAAGUCGAGCGGUUUUUGGGCGAUACAGUCCGCCAGCUACUGGAAGACGAGUUGGUCUAUCCACACUUUUACACAGUGUAUUGGUAA